AUGGCUGAAGAUGAAAUGCUCUUUGAGAAGAAAAAAACAAAGGAAAAGAAACUUUGCACACGGGCUACAGUUGGUGUUUGUUUAAUGGACAUUCGCGGGUCAAAUCAGAGGUUAAAGACAGCCAAACAGAGGGACAGAGAAAUCACAAUUCUCUUGGAACUCAAUUCGUUGAAACAUGGCCCAACUUUUAAAUGCCAUGAUCGAAUCGAAUGGAUCAUGGAUGGGACAUGA